ACCAACACUUUCGCAUUUGUCCUUGUGAGUUGCCUUGAUUUCUACAAGUGGAAACUGAGGAUAGCGCAGAUAUUACGAUAUUGAUAGGUGACAAUAACAAGAAUGAGUCAUUAUUUAAAAUUGGAAUUUCUCUGGAUUUACAAAUCCUUGGGAACUUUUGGGAUAAUAUGUGGUCCUGUGGGCGUCAGUAUCACACAGUGAUCACAGUUCACACCUGCAGUGAAGCUCCUCCCACAACAAUUCACCAAUAAAUACUGGGAAUAUUCACAUCAUCCUACAAGAGAAGGACAAACUCCAGGUGUAGCAGCUGAAAUCUGUGUGACUGUUAAAGAUGGAGUUUAUUAAAGAGGAGAUUGAAGACAUGAGUGAUCCAGAACCAUCCAGAAUAAAACAAGAAGAUACUGAGGAACAAACAGACCAGAAGAAAGUGAAGGAGCAAAGACACAAACUAAAUGAUGUAAAGAAACACUGUGACUUCAAAACUCAAGGAACAAAAGCCAAAAAGCUGCACACCUGCUCACAGUGUGGAAAGAGUUUCACAAAUAAAGGAAACCUUAAGACACACAUGAUAAUUCACACUGGAGAGAAACUGUUUACAUGCACUCAGUGUGGAAAGAGUUUUUCUCGAACAUCAAGUCUCAGACAUCAUCUGUACGUUCACUCUGGAGAAAAACCAUUCAAGUGUGAUCAGUGUGGAAAAGGUUUUAAUUUUUCACCAAAUCUAAUUCGACACCUGAAAGUUCAUUCAGAUGAGAGGCCUUAUGUGUGUUCUUUCUGUGGAAAGAGUUUUUCACGGCUGGACAGUUUUAAACUGCACCAGAAAACACAUGAUGAAGUGAAAGAUCAUGUGUGUUGUGAGUGUGGGAAGAGCUUUACUAGAGCUAGCUGUCUGAAACAGCACCAAAGAAUUCAUACUGGAGAAAAACCGUAUACAUGCACUCAGUGUGGAAAAAGUUUUUCUCAAGCAUCAGCUCUCAAUACUCAUCUGAUUCGUCACUCUGGUAAUAAAACGUUUAACUGUGAUCAGUGUGGUAAAGAUUUUAUUUUGUCAUCAGAUCUAAAAGAUCACCUGAAAGUACAUACAGAUGAGAGACCUUAUGUGUGUUCUCUCUGUGGAAAGAGUUUUUCACGGCUGAAGAGUUUUAAAGUGCACCAGAAAACACACGAUGAAGUGAGAGAUCAUGUGUGUUGUGACUGUGGGAAGAGCUUUACUAGAACUGACCAUCUGAAACAGCACCAAAGAAUUCAUACUGGAGAAAGACCUUACAAGUGCUCAUAUUGUGACAAGAGUUUCACUCAGUCUACACACCUGAAAUCACAUGAGCGAAUUCAUACUGGAGAGAAGCCAUAUCACUCUACUCAGUGUGGGGAGAGUUUCAGAGAUGCAACAGAUUUAAAAAAGCAUCUGUUUAUUCACACUGAGUUUUAAACUUUGUCUCAAAGCAGCUUUACAGCAGGAAAAUAAAAUUUUGUUUUGGCUGUAUAGCAGCUCUAGGAAAAAAAUAGUGUUAUUGUCCAGCUUGAGUAAGUUAAGUGUUGAUUCAUUUCCACUGUAAAAAAAAAAAAAAAAAAUAAAUAAAUAAAUAUAUAUAUAUAUAUAUAUAUAUAUAUAUAUAUAAUAUUAGUUACUAAUUUAGUUCAUUUAUCUAUACAGCAGCUCUGGAGAACAGUGAUGUCAUCGUUCAGCUCAGUUCAGUUCAUGUGUGUUGUGACUGUGGGAAGAGCUUUACUACAAACAUAAACUGAAAUGGCUCCAAAGAAUUUAUACUGGAGAAAGAACUUACAAGUGCUCAUGUUGCUCAUAUUUUCCAUAUUUUCUAUAUAUUGUAAUUAUGUUCACAACUUGUAAUAAUUACUUCAAUGAGCUCCCUAAAUUAAUACAUAGUUAACUAACUGCGUGAUUUGUAUAUGUACAUUUCUGAAAUACAUUUCUUGGACACAGUCAUCUGUGAUAACAGAUCACUCUUACAUUGUGAUAUAGACAAAUGCAUUUUCUGUAAAACUGCAUUGAAAUGAUAUGAAUUGUGAAAAGUGCUAUACAUAUAUAAAUGUGAAAUGAACUGAAUUGAA